AUGGCGGCGUGCAGGGCGCUCGUGAGUCGCGCUGUGUUACCUCUGCAUUACCUUCAUGUGUGCAGAGGAGUGAUGCUCACACACAUCAGAGAGAAGAAGAGAUGGAUGAAGGCUUACACACUCAUCAUGGAGAGGAAGAGAAAGAUGGAGGGACCUCCACCUCCAAAGCCACGCUCCCAGCAGCCAAACUUUGAUUACCAUGCUGAAGUGGAGGCUUUCAGUGCCCGACUGCGGGAGAGUUUCUCUCUGGAGCUUCUGAAGACGGCGUUUGUGAACACGUGUUACCUGCGAUCUGAGGAGGAGAGGAGGCGAGCGCUGGGCCUCGAUUUGGAGACGACCACCCUCAACCUGAAAGACAACGGCGAGCUGUGUGUGCACGGUCAACAGUUCUCAAAGGCUUUCCUCAGUGACUGGUGCAGGGGCAGCUUUCCCAGCCUGCCUGAGGAGGGUGUGGCAGCCGUUGUAGGCCACCUGACAGGGUCAGAGGUCAUGUGUCACGUCGCACGAAACCUCGCAGUAGAGGAUUUGACGAUGAGUGCAGAGUUUCCUGUUCCAGAUGAAACCCUGCAAGGAACGUUCUUUGCUGUGAUUGGUGCUCUGGAGCAGAGCAGCGGGCCUGUGCGAGCCGGGCUUUUCAUUAGGGAUUUCCUGGUGACUCAGCUAAUAGGGAAAGAUCUGUUUGACAUGUGGAAAGUGGUUGAUCCCAUGGGGCUGCUGGUUAAAGAGUUGACCUGUAAAGGUAUAGCUCUACCCGAGCCCCGCCUCAUCCGGUCUGCCGGCGCCAGUACUGUCCUCCCUCUCUAUUUCGUCGGCCUGUAUAGUGACCGUAAGCUGCUGGCUCAGGGUCCAGGCGAGACUGUCCUGGCAGCCGAAGAGGAGGCAGCACGCGUGGCUCUGAGGAAACUCUACGGCUUCACAGAGAACCGCAGACCGUGGGACUACACUGCCCCCCAUGAGCAGCUUCAGAAGCCCAGCACACAGGCUCUCACCAGCGGAUAAAUGACACUGACUACAAAAGUCAAUGUUUUGUACUGUAGCUUAAAGAGCAGAUUCCAGUGGGACACUUUUUGACGAACCGACAUUCAUCAUCAUCUGCUUUAUCACAACUAUAUGUAGAGUGAAACUCGAUUUCUUUUGCUGAAAUGUGGCUGUGGAGUUACUGGAGUCCAAUUUAAUAUGCCAGAAAAGACUGAAACUCUUGAUGUACCACAGACUAUGGCAAUUAAAAACUUCAUAUAAAUCUACCUUAAGAGCAUUCUUCUGCUCUGCAGGUGCACGUUCUUUAGAUGUGUUGCUACAUGUAAAUUGAUGUAUAUAAAUGUUAAGCUUUGGUUGCUAAUAAAAAUUUCUGAACAAAAUGUUCCACUUGAAGUGUUCAGUCUGGAUGGAAUGCAAAAAUAAUUUUUAGGCAGGACUUUUAGUGUUGUCAUGGAUACUGGUUUUGCACGGUGGCUCUGAGUUUGUCACCAUAAAGAUAUUUGACUCAUCUAAUCAGUCAGAUUCUACUUGGCCAGCAGUCGUACAGUCAUAGUGAUUAGAAAUGCAAAUAAUUGCUAGAUAUUUCUGAAUGUUAAAUUAUUGUCAAAAUUAUGUAUGAAGAUUCCAUGUGUUAAAUGUUUUCCUCCUACCAUUUUAUCCAUCUUGCUACAUCUCUAAUCUUGAUGAACCCUGAUGAGCAAACCAUCAUGAUCAUUUGUUUUAAAAGCCAGCCAAACUUAAAAUAAAC